CCGGACCCAGGUGGGGCGGGCGGCUGCCUCUGAGCUGGAGGAGUACAAUCCUUUCACAGACACCACACCAACACCUGCACCGAUGGCUCCCAGGUCGGCUGCACCCACCAACACACAGCCAGCCAUCAUGAAGCCCACAGAGGAGCCUCCGUCCUACUCACAGCCUCAGGAGCAGACGAGAGCAGCUGAUGAGCUGUUGAGGCGACAGGAGGAGCUGGAGAAGAAGGCUGCAGAAUUGGAUCGACGGGAGAGAGAAAUGCAGUCGCUCAGUGCUUCAGGCAGGAAAAAUAACUGGCCUCCGCUCCCCGAGAAGUUCCCAGUGGCUCCAUGUUUCUAUCACGACAUAACUGUGGACAUUCCUGUGGAGUUCCAAAAGACGGUCAAGAUCAUGUACUACCUCUGGAUGGCCCACACUGGAACCCUGCUGGUCAACAUGGUCAGCUGUCUGGCCUGGUUCAUUGUGGACGUAGGCCGGGGCGUGGACUUUGGUCUGUCCAUCCUUUGGUUCCUGCUCUUCACGCCUUGCUCAUUCGUCUGUUGGUACAGACCACUUUACAGUGCCUUCAGGAGUGACAGUUCAUUCCGGUUCUUCGUCUUCUUCUUUGUCUACAUCUGUCAGUUUGGCGUCUAUGUGAUUCAGUGCAUCGGCAUCAGUGGCUGGGGCGCCAGUGGUUGGAUUUCAGCGUUGAUGGCCCUGAAUAAAAGCAUCCCGGUGGGAAUCCUCAUGAUCCUGUGUGCGGCUCUCUUCACUGCACUAGCAGCCCUGUCACUCAUCAUGUUUAAAAGGGUGCAUGGCGUCAUGUCCAACAAGACGGUCCAGAUGGCUGCUGCUAACGCUGCCUCCAGGGCCGCACAGGAAACCUUCAAAGAGCAGAUCUGA